GCCGUAGUUUCCCACAAACCGAACGUCAUUUCCAUAACUUCCCCACCUCUCUCUCUCUCUCUCUCUAUUUUCAGCUCCUCCUUUUUUAAUCCCCACCCCUACUCUCCUUUCUUUCUACCAAAUAAGGAAAAACAAAACCCUAAAACCCCUCUCUCUAUCUCUGUCUGUCUGAUGGAGGAGUUCUUACGGAAGCUGGCUCUGUGGCACACGAGGACGUUCAAGCCGAUCAUGACCCACGAAGAGCUGGAGCCGAUCAUGGCCACGCUCGGUUUCGUAGCCCUCCCGCCAACCGGCGCUUGGCGGGAGUACGUCUUCUCUGCUGGUGGAUGCUGCCGGAAUCUGACGCCUUCCGAGCCUCUCCCUAGACCUCGCCUCCCUUUUCCCAGGAUCGACGGCCUCCAUAUCUACACGUACAGGGCCUUCUUCGAUGCCGUCGCUUUCUUCCUCGGGAAACGAGAUAUUGCCGAUCAUUUCCACGUCAGGGGCAUGCCUCUAAAUCGGCUCGACCGACCCUUCGAUAAGAAAUUCCGCCGGAUGAAUGAUGAAGAAGGGCUCUACGUUUACAGAGAAGGGACACUUGAGCCAGCUACAUUGACGGUUUACAACAGCAGCAGCAGCACCAUCAGCAGCACUGGUGGAAACAAUAGCAAUAGCAAUAGCAACAUCAGUAGCAACAGCAAUAGCAACACCCCCAUGAGUUUUGUUCCUCUGAAAGAUAUCAUAGUCUAAUGACUCACCUUUUGACAGAUUUUUCUUCA